AUGGACGGCUGUCCCCAGCCAGCCCCGCUGUGGGCCACCCAGCCCCCGAGGCACCAAGAGCUGUCCCCAGCCAGCCCCGCUGUGGGCCACCCAGCCCCCGAGGCACCAAGAGCUGUCCCCAGCCAGCCCCGCUGUGGGCCACCCAGCCCCCGAGGCACCAAGAGCUGUCCCCAGCCAGACCCGCUGUGGGCCACCCAGCCCCCGAGGCACCAAGAGCUGUCCCCAGCCAGCCCCGCUGUGGGCCACCCAGCCCCCGAGGCACCAAGAGCUGUCCCCAGCCAGCCCCGCUGUGGGCCACCCAGCCCCCGAGGCACCAAGAGCUGUCCCCAGCCAGCCCCGCUGUGGGCCACCCAGCCCCCGAGGCACCAAGAGCUGUCCCCAGCCAGCCCCGCUGUGGGCCACCCAGCCCCCGAGGCACCAAGAGCUGUCCCCAGCCAGCCCCGCUGUGGGCCACCCAGCCCCCGAGGCACCAAGAGCUGUCCCCAGCCAGCCCCGCUGUGGGCCACCCAGCCCCCGAGGCACCAAGAGCUGUCCCCAGCCAGCCCCGCUGUGGGCCACCCAGCCCCCGAGGCACCAAGAGCUGUCCCCAGCCAGCCCCGCUGUGGGCCACCCAGCCCCCGAGGCACCAAGAGCUGUCCCCAGCCAGCCCCGCUGUGGGCCACCCAGCCCCCGAGGCACCAAGAGCUGUCCCCAGCCAGCCCCGCUGUGGGCCACCCAGCCCCCGAGGCACCAAGAGCUGUCCCCAGCCAGCCCCGCUGUGGGCCACCCAGCCCCCGAGGCACCAAGAGCUGUCCCCAGCCAGCCCCGCUGUGGGCCACCCAGCCCCCGAGGCACCAAGAGCUGUCCCCAGCCAGCCCCGCUGUGGGCCACCCAGCCCCCGAGGCACCAAGAGCUGUCCCCAGCCAGCCCCGCUGUGGGCCACCCAGCCCCCGAGGCACCAAGAGCUGUCCCCAGCCAGCCCCGCUGUGGGCCACCCAGCCCCCGAGGCACCAAGAGCUGUCCCCAGCCAGCCCCGCUGUGGGCCACCCAGCCCCCGAGGCACCAAGAGCUGUCCCCAGCCAGCCCCGCUGUGGGCCACCCAGCCCCCGAGGCACCAAGAGCUGUCCCCAGCCAGCCCCGCUGUGGGCCACCCAGCCCCCGAGGCACCAAGAGCUGUCCCCAGCCAGCCCCGCUGUGGGCCACCCAGCCCCCGAGGCACCAAGAGCUGUCCCCAGCCAGCCCCGCUGUGGGCCACCCAGCCCCCGAGGCACCAAGAGCUGUCCCCACCCAGACCCGCUGUGGGCCACCCAGCCCCCGAGGCACCAAGAGCUGUCCCCACCCAGACCCGCUGUGGGCCACCCAGCCCCCGAGGCACCAAGAGCUGUCCCCACCCAGACCCGCUGUGGGCCACCCAGCCCCCGAGGCACCAAGAGCUGUCCCCAGCCAGCCCCGCUGUGGGCCACCCAGCCCCCGAGGCACCAAGAGCUGUCCCCAGCCAGACCCGCUGUGGGCCACCCAGCCCCCGAGGCACCAAGAGCUGUCCCCAGCCAGCCCCGCUGUGGGCCACCCAGCCCCCGAGGCACCGACAGUCACAAGGGAGAGCAGGUCAGAAGCAGCCACCCAGAACCCACAAUUUAUUACCGAGGCUUUCCAGGAGUGGGGCGGGGAAAGUCUGACUGGCUGGGGGGCCUCCUCCCACUGCUCUGGUCCUCACCGACUUCGAGCCCCGUGAGGCCCUGA